AUGUUCCCCACGCGGCCCCGAGAAAUAGGUUCGGAUGGCUCAACUCCCACUUCGCAACCCGAUACGCGCGAGGAAUCCGGGCCCCAGCGCCGACCCGCCGUUGUCGAGGCCGUGGAGAAGGCGACGGCCCUCUUCCAGGAGUACGCCCAAAAGUACAACGCUACCGCCGCGUCCCUAACCGUCAAGUCCAUCCACGAGGACGACUACCUCGUCAACCUGCACCACACCCCCGAGACCCGGGGCGACCGCGGCGUCGAAGAGGUCGACUGCAGCACCGUGUACCGCGUCGGCAGCGUGUCCAAGCUGUUCCCGCCCCUGGCCAUCCUCCGCGAGGCCGGCGUCAACGUCAAUGACCCCGUGACCAUGUAUCUCCCCGAACUGCUGGAGUUGCAGGACCAGCAGGAGGUCGUCAACGAGCUGACGACCGUGUCGUGGGACGAGGUCACGCUCCUCAGCUUGGCGAACCACAUGGGCGGUUUCGCGUCCGAGAUUGCCCAGGAUCUCACGACCCUCGGUAUCAAUGCGACAGCGUUCGGUUUGCCUGAGUUGGAGGAGGAUGAGAUUCCUGGCUGCUCGGGUCUUGGGGACACCGAGCCCUGCACGGAAGAGGAUCUUCUCGCGCACUACGGAAAGCAUCGUCCCGCCUGGGCUCCCUUCACCACCCCCAUGUACUCCAACGUCGCCUUCUCCUUCCUCAGCAUGGUGAUAGAGAGGGUCACCAACAAGACGUUUGAGGAGCACAUCCAAGAGACCGUCCUGGACCCCGUUGGAAUGACCGGCACGUCGUCCGGCGCGAAGCCCGAGGAUGACAACACUGGUUUCAUCCCCAUCGAUGACCCCUGGUGGGACUUGAACCUCGGCAUCUUUAAUCCCAUCCUCAACCACGACCUCCUCUCCGGCGCCGAGACCCGCAAGUGGCUGAAGCCCACCGAGCACACCUCCUCCCUCGGCCAAUCCAUCGGCGCCCCCUGGGAGAUUAUCCGCACCAAGAACCUGACCACCGACGGCCGCGUCAUCGACGUCUACACCAAGAGCGGCGACCUCGGCCCGUACCACGCCCUCUUCGCCCUCAUUCCCGACUACGACCUCGUCUUCACCCUGCUCACUGGCGGGCCCGAGGCCAGCAACAGCGACGUCUUCUUCGGCAUGGCCAAGGCCCUCGAGAUCCUCCUGCCCGCCCUCGACAAGGCCGCCAAGACCGAGGCCGCGCAGAACCUCGUGGGCGAGUACGUCGACGAGGCGACCAACUCCACCAUUACCUUGACUGUCGAUGACGGCCCGGGCCUCCUCGUGACUAACUGGUUCUCCCGCGGCUUCGACAUCCUCAAUGGCUACCCUGCCGCCAUCCAGGCCAUGGGCUCGGGCGAGUCCAACGAGCCCGUCCCCGAGGCCAGCGUCCGUCUCUACCACACCGGUCUCGCUGCCGAUAACGAGACCGGCUGGAGGGCCGUUUUCCACAUGGAGGAUGCCGAGACCCUGGCUGCCGUGGACGAGUCUAUCCCGUUCAUCCCCCAGGUUACCUGCCAGACUUGGUUCGUGUUCGAGCGCGCCAACUACGGACUCAACUCCGUUGACGACUUUGUGCUCAAGUGCAACGGAGAGGGUAGCGCCGAGGAGGUUACUUCUCGGUUCUUCCGAACCUCCAUGGCCUUGACCUCGCGAGAGUAA